AUGAUUCCAGCGUCCGGCAGAAAUCUGAGUGGCUCCAGUCCCCGUCGCCCCUGCGCCCAGCGUAGCACAUCACUGGGGCGCGUUGGUAACCCCGUCGACGUCCUCGCGCUUCUCGCCGUGCAUAGGUUUCGUCACCUCUUAUUCGCGCCGCGCCGCGCCACGCCACGCCGAUGCCAGUGCCCACACACUGACACACACCGCCGCGUCCACCUCCCGCUCUGGCCCCCAGACCAGAUCACCACGGGCAUGGAAACCUCGUCGCCUUCACUGGCCUCGUCGCCGGGAGCCACGCUCUCCACCGUGAUCGCCGAGGACCGCCGCCGGGAGGCCCGCCGCCGCCGCCAGGGGGCCUUCGGACAGGGCGGUCUCCUCCCGUACCUCGUCCCGGCUUGCGGGCGUCCGGCCGGCCAGAUAGGCGGCAGGCCGCUGCACUCUGAGCUCAUGAUAAAACUGCACCGCUGGGGCGCCACCUUCCUGCCCAAGGGCGGUGGCGCCGCCGUCGCGCGCGAACUCGAGGCGCGGCGCCGCGCGCCAAGCCCGCCGCCACGGCCUAGACCGUCGAUGGAACCGGCUGCAGCGGCGGAGGCGGAGGCGGAGGCGGAGGCGGAGGUGGUGCCGCGCCACGAGGCGCCCGCCGUGAGUGUCCCCGCGAGGAGACCUUUGAGGGAGAGAGAGGAGCCGGCGGCGGGAUCCAAAGCCAUUGCCGAAGCGGACAUGUCCGCCGGCGAGGGCGCGGGGAGCAGCGACCGGGCGACGCCGUUCGCUACCGUCGCGGGAGGAGGUGGGGGAACCUGUCUCAGAGUUUCGCCCAAGACGACAGUGAGGUCUCCGUCACUGCAGACGGACACGAGCAACGAGUCCCCUCGGUCCCUCGCCGACUCCCCCGCAUUGGCCGCAGUGGCCGACGACAAGUACGUGUGGGCGGACAAGUACCGGCCCAAUGUCCUCAACGAGUUCAUCUGCAACAAGACCGUCGCCGACGAGCUCUACCAGCUGCUUGUUGCACACCAGUGCAGCCAUUUCAUCUUUGAAGGUCCGCCGGCGGUUGGGAAGAGAAGCAUGGUACUGGCACUUAUAAGGGAUGCUUUUGGCCCUCAUGAUCUCAAGAUAGAGGAACAGACAAAGAGAUUUGAGCUGAAGGGAGAAGUUAGAAAGCACAUCGAUGUCAGAGUGAAGACCUCCGAGCAUCAUGUGGAGGUGAGCUUGGCUGAUUUACAUGGCUAUGAGAAGUACGUCAUAACUACUUUGUUGAAUGAAUCCAUACCAUCACCAAACUCAGCUUGUGACCAUACUAACUGCAGAGUGAUUGUUAUCCAUGACACUGAUAAGCUCUCGUCCGAUCUUCAACAUUAUAUCGGUUGGUUUUUGGGGAGGUAUGCCGGGUGCAACAAAAUCAUUUUCUGCGGUUCUGAUGCUUCUAAUCUUGAAGCCAUCAAACAUCUCUGUAAGGUUGUGACUCUUCAGCUACCUUCCUUUGACGAGAUAAUAAAGGUUCUGGAGUACAUUGCAACGCAAGAGACCAUUGAUUUGCCUCGUGAUCUUGCUAGGAGAAUUACAGUUGGCGCAAGAAAUAAUCUCCGACAAGCAAUACGCUCUUUUGAAGCUACUUGGAAGGCAUAG